CUCACUCUGCCCGCUCUUCAAGUCGGACAUGCGAUUGUAUCCGUCUCCAACGUUGCAUCCCUCGAUCUCCUGAAAGUCUCUGCCAGCUCAACUUCGAAGGUGGCUGACCAGAUGUAUCGAGCACGAUCACUAUGACACAUCUGAACCUCAUUUCUCGACAGCAACGAACCUUGCAAGCUUCCAGCAGCGAAUCGCCUGGGAAGCGUUGCAAUUGCGCCUGAAGAGAGGCUACUCAGCCGCUGUAUAUGAGACUAUUGGAUUUCCGAUGGCAAUAAACAAACGACGAAUACGAGAUGGACAGUGCCAGGCUCGAAUGCGGCUCGGUCACGUGAGCAGGAGCAGGACGUCUCGGACCCAAUAGACUCGGUAACGUCGCACCAGCGACUAUGGAUCACAGCCAUGUGCUAUCACGACGGCGGUGGGGGCGAUGCCUAACUGGUUGACUCUGUCACUUCUCCGCAACUCCAAGAAGAAGGUUCAGUAUGUGGCCACCAAGGACACGCUUGGACCCGCCCGCUGUCCGUGCAGAGGACUGGAUCAAAAACCCUGAGUCUGAACAUGCUCAAUGCAGCCCUCUAGAGAUCAGGAACCUAGUCGCAGUCGGCAAGGCCAGGCGAAAGAGGCUGAAAACUCCGGCUGAAGACUAGGACCAUCGAAAAUAGUCGUCAAGAACCCGUGCCAGAUACGGACAAGCUCGUUUUGAACCAUAUAAUGAGGUGAACGAGGUGCCCUUCUGUCGGGAUGCCGUCCUCCACUCAGAACUUCCUCCCCCAGCGACAAUACCGGGAUCACGAUGAUGUUCUUGACUGCAGUUGUCCUCCUUGCUGCAGCCGCCACUGCCCAUCCAUGGCAUCCCGAAGCCUCGUCUUGGCCAGCAUUCCCCCCUUCCUCCGGCUCUAAUAGCAGUUCCAACGACAAGACUCAGCAAGUCUUCUUCGGUCGAUUCAUUUCCGCCCCAGGCCCAAAUGAAUUGUCUAUCAAGACUGGCGCCGUGCUGGUAACGAGCAGCGACGGCAGAGGAACAAUCGAGGCUGCCGUUUGGGACGUCCAGGAUGUCCAGUCUGCCACCUCACAGCUCGGUGUCUCAAGCGAGGUACCGGUCGUCCAGGCUGCAGAUGAUGGGUUCUUUUUUCCAGGCUUCAUCGACGCCCAUAUUCAUGCCCCUCAGUAUCCCAACCUCGGCCUGUUUGAAGGCACCUUACUUGAGUGGCUGGAGAAGUAUACCUUCCCAAUGGAAUCCUCGUUAAGCACGACGGAAUCGCCCAUGUACGCCAAUGCCACCACACCUCCGGACCCUUAUGCACGCGCACUGGAGGUCUACACCGGUGUCAUCAAGACCACACUUUCCUACGGCACCACGACUGCAUCGUACUACGCCACCAUCGACGUCGAGACCACGAACUUGCUCGCGCAGUUGGCCUACUCCAUUGGACAGCGUGCAUAUGUUGGCCGAACCUGCCAGGACAACCAAGAAUAUAACCCUUCAUACUACAAGGACGAGUCGACCGAGGACGCCAUCAACAAGACCUGGGCUUCAAUCAAGUACAUCCAGAACCUCGACCCCAGUGGUGAACUCGUGGCGCCGAUUGUCACCCCUCGUUUCGCGCCUUCGUGCACCAACGAGUCGUUGACCGAGCUGGGGAAGAUUGCUAAUGAAACCGGCCUGCGGCUUCAGAUGCAUAUGGACGAGAAUGUGAAGGAAGUCGCCCUGGUUGCCGAGAUGUAUCCCGAGUCAAAGUCUUAUGCGGGCGUCUACGACGAUCAUGGCCUGCUGACCAAUCGUUCUAUCCUUGGCCAUGCGGUCCAUCUGACGGAUGAGGAGAUGGACUUGGUCGCAGCUCGAGAAGCAAAGGUCGCGCAUUGUCCUGCCAGUAACAGCGCGCUGGGUUCGGGCCUCGCGCAGGUGCGCAAGAUGAUGUCCAAGGGCAUUGUCGUCGGUCUUGGCACAGACACCGCCGGAGGCUACUCGCCAAGUAUCUUGGAGACGGUCCGUCAGGCUUUCCUCGUUGGCCGAACUCUCAGCUACCUGGACAACGACAACCGCUCGUUAGAUGUCCCCACAACCAUGGCAUUGUACCUUGGUACCAUGGGAGGCGCAAAGGUUGUCAGCAUGGAUGGAAAGCUCGGCGGGUUCGAAGCGGGCAUGCUCUGGGAUGUGCAAGAGAUUGUCCUCGACAAGACGGGCCCCGUCGAUAUCUUCGGUUGGGAGACGUGGAAUGAGAGGGUGAGCAAGUGGGUGUGGAAUGGUAAUAAUCAGAACGUCAACAGGGUCUGGGUGGGAGGGAGACUUGUCUCGGAAAGGAGUUGAAAGCCCCUUUACCGUACGUGACUGUUGGUCAGAACAUGGCGGUUGAUACUACAUGCUCACUUACAGUAUUAAUCAAUAAUUAUUCUAUUGUUUUCC